AUGCUUCGUUCCUUCAGUUACCUGACUGAUCACGUCGGCUUCUGUGGUACUAUCAAAAACUCACCGAGUGACUUCGUAGUGACAGAAAUCGAGGUGCCUGAACACUUGCUUAGGGAUACCCGGGCUGAAUCGCUUCAGAAAACCACCGAAGCCCCCAAAAAGCUGAGAACGGAGCCUCCUGGUCAGUGCGCCGAGGGCUGUGGUGGUGAUGUGCCCAGUCUUUCGGAGCAUGACCCACGCUGCGCAGGAGACGACUGUUCUGCAUCCCCUAACAAAAAACAGCGUGAGGGUGAACCUGAACUGAACUCUUGCCUCGAGGAAGCCAGUAUAUUGGAUUCCUUACUAGGCAAACCCAUGAGUGAACUGCUUAAUAAAUUUGCUUGUGAUCUGAAGGAUUCAUGGGACUUGGAAAAUAGUGCCGGUUCUAGCACUGGGGAGUUCCUGCUUGGACCUAUACUGGACAAGAAAACUCGAGCUGAUUUACACAGUGCUAUUAGGCAGAAAUUCCCCUUUCUAGUCACUGUUACAAAAGACAAUGAAAUGAUUGUAAAAGGAAAUGCUGAUUACAAAGAACUUUGUCAGUUAGUGACUGAAAAGGAAACAAGUGAUUUCUUUAAAUUUUUAGAUGCAAAGCUAGAAAAUGCUACAUUUUCUUUCGAGCCUGAUGGAAACAAAGAGCACAGAAAAGUAGUUCACCACUUUAUCAAUAGAAAAUUUGGAAAACUUUUAGAAACAAAAUCUUUUACUGUGACAGAUGUCAAUGAUCAGCCAAAUAUGUCAAUAACGGUACGAUUUCGAGAAAAAAGUUGGUCCAGAAAAAGGUCUGCUGAUGGUUUCCAGGAAAAACAAGAUCUUUAUACAGCUUUCACCCUUCAGAAAGAAAAUCUAGAAACCCUAGAAGCAAUCAGCUUCUUGGCUGCUGAACUUGGCGUUCUUCCUUCAGACUUCAGUUACACUGGCAUCAAAGAUAAGAAGGCUAUUACUUACCAAGCUAUGGUUGUGAAGAAGGUGACUCCUGAGAG